AUGGAGGGCGCCGGGAGCAGGACGGGCAGCGGGAACAGGUCCCUGGAGGACUGCCGCCUGGACGAGGACGAAGACGCCUUCCAGGCGCUGGGCGAGGAGGACGAGGACAUCGACCAGUUCAACGAUGACACGUUCGGCUCCGGCGCCGUCGACGACGACUGGCAGGAGGCGCACGAGCGGCUGGCCGAGCUGGAGGACAAGGCGGCCGCGGGCGCGGAGCGGGACGGCGACGGCGGCGACCCGCUGGGCGAGCACGAGGACACGCUGGCGGAGCGGCUCACGCGGCUCGUGAUCGAGAGCGAGCUGGAGGACCCGGCCGUCAUGCGGGCCGUGCAGACCAGGACGCCCGCGCAGCCGCCGGCAGGGCUCCACUCCGGCCUCUGGGACGGCUCGGCCGUGCUGCGGCGCAUGCGGGCGCCGCUCCUCGCGCAGGAGAUGCCCCCGGUGUCCGUGCUGGACUACGCUCUGCCUCCGAGAGCGCCGCAGAACCGCGAGGAGGAGCGGGACCCGUCGGAGCGGGCGCUGCCGCGGCGCUCCUCGUCCCCGGUCAUCGGGAGCCCGCCGGUGCGCGCCGUGCCCAUCGGCACCCCUCCCAAGCAGGCCGCCGUGCCCGGCUUCAACCAGCAGAUCCUCUGCCCGAAGCCUGUCCACAUCCGGGCCAGCAUGCAGCAGCGCUACCCCGCUGCCUACGGCGAGAGGAUGUCCCCCAACCAGCUCUGCAGCGUCCCGAAUUCCUCCCUCCUGGGCCACCCGUUCCCCCACAGCGUCUCUCCCGUCCUCAGCCACCUGCAGAGAGCGCAGCUGCUCGGAGGCGCCCAGGCCGGCCGAAUGUCUCCCAGCCAGUUUGCCCGCGUCUCGGGCCUCGUGGGGAGCCCCCUUCCCUCCGUGAACCCCAAGCUGCUGCAGGGCAGGGUUGGGCAGAUGAUGUCCCCGGCCAGCGGGUUCCGUGCCUUCUUCGGGGCUCCCGCCGCCUCGCAGCCCCCGCCGGGCCCCGGGUGCCACCUGCAGAGCCUCAGGCCGCCGGCGCAGAUGUUCCGGCCGGACACCACGCACCUGCACCCGCAGCACCGGCGCCUGCUGCACCAGCGGCAGCAGCAGAACCGCAGCCAGCAGCGCGGCCUCAACGGCGCCGCGGGCGACCGAGGGGGCCACCGGAGCGGCCCCCAGGAGCAGCCGCGCAAAGACCCCUACGCCAACCUCAUGCUGCAGCGGGAGAAGGACUGGGUCUCCAAGAUCCAGAUGAUGCAGCUGCAGAGCACUGACCCCUACCUGGAUGACUAUUACUACCAGAAUUACUUCCAGAAGCUGGAGAAGCUGUCAGCGGCCGAGGAAGUGCAGGGCGAUGGUCCCAAAAAGGAACGCACUAAGCUCAUCACGCCYCAGGUGGCGAAGCUGGAGCACACCUACAAGCCAGUGCAGUUCGAGGGCUCGCUGGGGAAGCUGACCGUCUCCAGCGUCAAUAACCCCCGCAAGAUGAUCGACGCCGUCGUCACCUCCCGCAGCGAGGACGAUGAGACCAAGGAGAAGCAGGUUCGAGACAAGCGGCGCCAGACGCUGGUCACCAUUGAGAAGACCUACAGCCUCCUCCUGGACGUGGAGGACUACGAGAGGCGCUACCUGCUGAGCCUGGAGGGCGAGCGGCCGGCGCUGGUGGGCGAGAGGAAGCAGAAGAUCUGCGACAUGUACGACAAUCUGAGGGGGAAGGCGCCCGGGCAGGAGAGGCCSAGCGACGACCAUUUCGUACAGAUCAUGUGCAUCCGCAAGGGGAAGCGCCUCGUGGGCCGCAUYGUCCCCUUGCUGUCGCCGGAGCAAGCGGCCGACGUGCUCCUGGCCACGGCCCGCAACCUGCCCUUCCUCAUCAAGAAGGACGCUCAGGACGAGGUGCUGCCCUGCCUGCUGCGGCCCUUCUCGCACGUGCUCUACCACCUCCCGCUGGCGACGCUCACCAGCCUCGCGCAGCAGCUCACCAACCUACCUCAGAGCGGCAGCGCCAACCCGCACCUCGCUGCCGUGCUCCAAAACAAGUUCGGCCUGUCCCUGCUGUACCUGGUGCUGAGCCGCGGCGAGGAGCUGCAGAGCGCGGACGGCGCCGCGGAGCUGCUGCGGGACAACGCGUGGACGGAGCUCGUGCUGCUGGCGACGCGGGAGCUGCUGCGCGCGCCGCCCGCCGCCGUGGCCAAGCCGCUCGCCGCCCCCGCCAACCUGCUCGCCCUCCUCUCCCGCUACGUGGACCCGCAGAAGCUCAACGCACUGCAGACGAAAUUGCAGUAA